UCAUCUGCGCGUGCUAUCUUCCUUCUCUCUGACUCUCCCUCCCUGCGCUGUAAUGGUGGAGACUUGAGAUGAUAUUUCUGUGGAGAGAGAACAAGAAGACGAAGAAGAAGAAGUAAAUACUAAAAAUCACCACUUGCAAAAAAAGAAGAGAAAGAAAGAAAGAAAGAGACAACACAAGGAAGAAGAAGAAGAAGAGAGAGAUACAAGACACCGCCUUUUCCUCCAUUUUGCACACAUCUCAAACACCCACUUCUCUCUUUUCUCUACAUAUAAGCCUAGAUCAUGCUGCUACAGAUACAAGAAAGAAGAAGAAGAGGUCGUUUUCACAGCAACGGCUACUAAUAAUCGCGAUUCGUGAGCCACAUUCACAUUUUGAACACUGAUUUCACCUUUAAUGGAUUACGGAAAUCACAGUCAAAUGUGGGGUUGGCAAGGAGAGGAUUUUGACAUCCAAAAGGAGAGCAAUUUAGCAGAUAUAUCUCAUUGUGCAUGGAAUGAAGUAAACCAGGGUAAAGAUUGUUUCUCUUAUAUGCAAGAGGAUGAUGAAUCAACACCGGUUAGGGCAUGUGCUGAUUUGGCUUACCAUGUUGCAGCUGCAGCAGACAUUGGAAAUGUGAACAAGAACUUGGAAGAAACCAGAGAGAUGAUGAAUUCUUCACAGUCAAAAAGACGCAGAAUGUUGCAAUUUGAUAAUGAAUUUGUAGGCAAAUCAUCUCUGUGCAGUGAGACACCUUCUACUUUCCUAAAAUCAAAGGAUCGAGAGGAUUUGCUUGGAGAUGCUUUGACGGAAUGGGUUUCGGUUUUUGCAGAAGAGGAAGAUAUAUCUAUGUCUGGUUCUGAUGGCCUUGAUCAAACAUCCGAGGGAUGGCUAGCUGAUUGCUUGAAUGAUCCUGACAUCCAUUCCACCUCUGAGAUGAUGAAUUUAUCUGAUCCAUCUAAUGAUGUCCACAUUGAAGUUACUGAGAUGAGCCAAACUCCACCACCCGAGUAUGAAGCCACGGUUGUUCAAAAGCAUCAUAAGGAAGUUCGUCCAAACGUUAUUUUCAAAGGUAGGAAGUCGUAUAUCCGAACACCAAUGAAGAUGGCUUCAUCUGUGGUAUAUCCAUUUGCAUUCGUUAAACCAUGUGGAGCUCAUGGAGAUGUAACACUUAAAGACAUAAACCAGCGGAUUCAAACUCCUCCACCCGAGAAAUCAAUACAAGGAAAAGACGAUCCCAGUUCUUCCUACCCGACUUCAGCCUUUUCUGGUAAGCCGGUUGUUGGAAAAACUAAAAUUCGGACCGAAGGAGGGAAAGGAAGCAUAACCAUCAUGAGGACCAAAGGUUGAGAAUUGUAGUUUAAUGUUGUUUUUGGUAAAUAACCUGUCAAUGUUAUCUUUCUUAAUCUAAUUAGAGAGAUUGAUGGUCAUGUCUAAGAGAUCAUCAAUCAAAUCUUAAGGUCUUUAAUUUGUUGUUAUUAUGGUUGGGAAUUGGAAACAUUGUUGUUGUUGUGUUUCUUUAGUGUUAAAACUAAUGUUGUAAUAUAUUAUAUAUAUAUAUAGUUGCAGGUUGUAAAAGCUCACUAUAUAUUCUGUUUAGUUUGAAUGUUAUUGAUAGAUAGAUGCUUGUUGUCU